AAAGUACUUGGUGAGAGAGUUGAGUUCUUAGGAUGAGGCUUGUAUUUUCCACCGUUCAUCCAAGAUAAUAAAAACCACAACUACAUAAAGCAAGUAAUCUUUCCUCUUCUUCAAUUCUUAAUUUGUGAAGCAAGAAAUAUAGAAAAAUUAUGGCUCUGAGAAUGUGGGCUUCUUCAACAGCCAAUGCACUAAGAAUCUCCAGAACCAACAAUAUAGUUGCUCCUUCCUUUUCUAUCUCCAGAUGCUUUUCAACCGUAAUUGAUGGGCUGAAGUAUGCAUCUUCACAUGAAUGGGUGAAGCAUGAGGGUUCAGUGGCCACAGUUGGUAUCACUGAUCAUGCUCAGGACCAUCUUGGAGAAGUAGUGUUUGUGGAUUUGCCAGAAAUUGGUGGUUCUGUUUCCCAAGGAAGCAGCUUUGGAGCUGUUGAAAGUGUCAAAGCCACCAGUGACAUUAAUUGUCCUAUCUCCGGCGAGAUUGUUGAGGUCAACACAAAGCUUUCUGAAACACCUGGCUUGAUAAAUUCAAGUCCAUAUGAAGAUGGAUGGAUGAUUAAAGUGAAGCCAAGCAGUCCAUCAGAAUUAGAAUCUUUGAUGGGAUCCAAAGAGUACACAAAAUUCUGUGACGAAGAGGAUAGUCAUUAACACAUGAAGGUGCUUCUUAAUUCAACUUGGACUAACUGGUCAUGUGCUUAAGGUUGAUAUUGUUAUAAAAAUUUCCAGUCAAUGUAUAAAAUUGUUCAAGAAUUAUCGUCGUUUUUGCCUAUGCAGUUUUAUAAUUCAAUCUUUUGUUAUUAA